UGGAAACGUAUUGAUUAAGAAAAAUAUCAUUAAUUAAUUAAUCAAAUCAAAUUGCCGACCGCAGCACUCUUCCCUCAUCUUUGCGUCUUCGGAGCUUCAUUUCGCCAUCUUUCUCCGAUUCCGAAUUCCCCAUUCCGAUUUCCAUAUUCAUUGAUCUGCCUUAGAUAUGUCUUACGCAUAUCUCUUCAAGUAUAUCAUCAUCGGCGAUACCGGGGUGGGGAAGUCAUGCCUUCUUCUACAGUUCACCGACAAGCGUUUCCAGCCAGUGCAUGACUUGACUAUUGGAGUCGAAUUUGGGGCUCGGAUGAUUACAAUAGAUACCAAGCCCAUUAAGCUACAGAUAUGGGACACGGCUGGACAAGAAUCCUUCCGAUCCAUCACAAGGUCAUAUUACAGAGGAGCUGCGGGUGCACUUUUGGUCUAUGACAUAACUAGGAGAGAAACCUUUAAUCACUUGGUAAGCUGGCUAGAAGAUGCAAGGCAGCAUGCAAAUCCAAACAUGACAAUUAUGCUGGUAGGCAACAAAUGUGAUCUUGCCCAUCGAAGGGCUGUUAGCACAGAAGAAGGAGAACAAUUUGCGAAAGAACAUGGGUUGAUUUUCAUGGAAGCAUCUGCAAAAACUGCUCAGAAUGUAGAGGAGGCUUUUAUCAAAACAGCCUCAACAAUAUAUAAGAAGAUCCAAGAUGGAGUUUUUGAUGUUUCAAAUGAGUCAUAUGGAAUAAAAGUAGGUUAUGGUGGAAUUCCCGGGCCAUCUGGUGGAAGGGACGGUUCUUCUUCUCAAGUUGGAGGUUGCUGCAGCUGAGAUUCGUCUCAACAUUGCAGACAUUCUUUUAUGUUCUUCCCGAGCGUUGUGUGUGUAUAUUCCACAACUUGGCAUUGCGAUUAAUACGUAAUUAUGUUUGCAGUUAUGUUGUUCUGGGCACUGUUAUAUUUGUGACUGUAUAUCUGACAAUACAGAUGGGAGUGUGAGUAAAAAAGCAUACAUGUUUUUUCUA